AGUGGUUUUACAUGAGUUAGUAGUUCAGUCUUAAUGAAUAGAUUUUCUGGUUGGUGUUUCAUGCUUUGGGCUUUAAAGCUGCCCAGGGGCCAGCAGCAGCUCUAGAGUGACUAUGCGUGGUCCCUGACAGCAUUUCUAGAAUGGUAGAUCUAUCUUUCCUGCCCGCCAUUGUUUUACAUCAACAUUUUUGUUCUUUCUGUUUUUUAUUUAUUCAUUUAAAUCACAUUUUGUAGCCCCUGACAGCAUUAUACUUGACCAUUUUGGACCUCGUCUUGAAAAAAUUGGUUCACAUCUGCUUGAAUGGGUUAAAUUCUGCCUAAGAAAGAACGUAAGACUAAAAGCUAUUGAAAAAAAUUGUGUUUUUAUUAUUUAUGAUGUCUGAAAAUGUCCACUAUGUUUGAAGUCACUAAGUAAAACCUCCAUCAGAAGGAAACCUGAGAGAAAGCAGACCACAUUUCAACCCUCUCAGGCCCAAAAUAAGUUGUGAUAAAAGGACGAACAACUAAGUCCUUCAGGGGUACUUCUGAGUUUAAAAAAUGCUCAUGAAAUACGUGUGUGGAGUAACCAGGUAGGUAGGUUUUAACUGUUGCAAAUCUGCAACGCCUGCCUCCAGAGGGUUCAGACCCAACCUGCUCUUCCUGCUGUUCUCAUGUUUGUAGCAUGCCUGAGCACAGCUGAUGCCCUUUCUCUGACAUUCCUGUAAUUAAACGCCUCUUUCAGACUCAAAUACAUAUCUGAACACAGACUUCAGCUAAUCAGAAAUGUGCACCUGAGUCUGUUCUGGACAGCUUGAUCACGCUGUGGUAAAUGGAUGUGUUCUCUGUUCUGCUGCAGCCUUUCUGGUCCCCUCUGGUGAUUGCACCAUUGUUACAUUUAGCAAUGAAGCUAAACAAUACACUUCACUCUGCUGACUUUGUAGUUCAUGUGCAUCAUGCAGUUGUAGGUGUAGGUGCGACAUUCAGGUGCAGAUUUAGGAUCAUGCCCUUUCUCUCUCUCUGUGCAUGGUGAUUUUUCCAUUUCUGAAAAGAUGACACGUUUUCUCAUAUUCUGAAGAGUAAAACUGAAGGUUUCCACCAGGAUUUACAUCUGUGAUCAUAACUGGAACGCUUCAGGCAAAAGUGACAACUGUCAUUAAAGCGCACGCACGCACGCAGCGGCCUUUGUUCCCAGCGGAGCAGCCGCGGGUUAAAGAGGAAGAAGUGUUGUUGCCUGUUGACAGUAGGAGAGGAGUGAUGUGAGGUUAUCAGCUGGUUUUCCAUUAACUCUUAAUUUACAGUGAACCGGACUUCAGAUGUCGUUCUACCUGGAAGAAUCUGGAGGAGUCCAACCCUGAAAUAUGUGAAGGAAGGUUGGACUCAUUUCUUUUGUUUUGCCGGUUUGUUCAGUUUCUUAUUACGCAACAGACAGCGCUGAUGCAGAGCAAUUUCAUCCGACUCACUCAGAUGUGGUCGUUGCUCCAAGAAAGCAACAGCUGAGUGACUUCCCGCCUGUUCUGCUGGAUCUAAGUUUUUCCUCCCUCAGCCACCCUCUGUGAGAUCUUCCUGGGAAGCAUGGGUGCUUUUCUUUACGUUUUCCUCCCGGUGUUGGGAGUGUACACCUGCAUCUCGCAGUACCUGCUGAGGAACCCGCAAGUUCUGCACAAGAAGAAACGUACAGCUUUCUGGGCAAAACACAUUUCACACAGAGGAGGAUCUGGAGAGCGGAUAGAAAGCACCAUGGAGGCAUUCACACAUGCUGUGGAAAUGGGCACAGACAUGCUGGAGAUGGACUGUCACCUGACCAAAGAUGGGCACGUGGUGGUUUCUCAUGACGAGAAUCUGCUGAGACAGACGGGCUGUGACGUCACCAUCUCCUCGCUCAAACUGGAGGAUCUGCCUCUUUAUAAGGAGCAGCUGGAGGUGGCAUUUUAUGCAGGUCGUUUCAGCAGUGGUUCAGACAGGAAGAUCGCCCAACUCGAGGAUGUGUUCAAGACAUUUCCUGAUACACCCGUGAGCAUUGAGAUCAAAGAAAACAACCUGCAGCUGAUACAGAAGGUGUCAGACUUGGUAAAACGCUACAACAGGGAGGCCAUCACUCUGUGGGCCUCUGAGAAGUCACUCAUCCUGGAGAAAUGCUACAAAAUCAACAGCUCCAUGCCCUACAGUUUCUCCAUGAAUAGAGGCAUUUCUCUUCUUCUUCUUUUCUACUCUGGCCUGCUGCCUUUUGUGCCGCUGGGAGAGAAUGUGCUGCAGUUUUACUUGAUACCGAUCAUCAACAGGACGUACAUUCCCAGUGAGGGCCUCCUGCGGAACCGUCUGGUUGUGUCUUUGAUAGAAAAAGUAACUAUGAGGAAAAGUCUUUUUAAACAUCUUGCAGCCCGCGGAAUACAGGUGCAUUUAUUUGUCUGCAAUGAAAAUGAAGACAUUAAAGCAGCGUUGAAACUGGGAGCCACAGGAGUGAUGACUGAUUACCCAACUCUUCUUUCAACUUACCUCUGCAAAAACAGAAGUCAGGACUGAUCUCUGAAUCAUUAUCGGCUCAGAAAAAGGCAGAGUUGUUAUGAGAAAAGCGUCAAACACCAAAGACUGCAUGAAGGGAUUAUCAGACAAAGAGUGUCUUCAGCCUCCAAAUAGAUUAGUUAAAGGCUGCAUCAGAGAGAACACGCUCCUUAAUCAUGAGGUGUGCUUGAUCACUGUUGUCCUAACGACUUAUUGACAGUGAAAUCUACAGUUUGAUCACGAAUGGCUUCAAUCAGGUCAGUAUUUAAAGGAACCAUGAAUGAUUAUUGUCUGCAGCUGAAGGAGUUAAUAUUUAACCAGCUGAAUCGGGUCACUUGACAAUCAGUGAUAAGAGAUUAAAUAAACAUGACUUUGUUUUGA